AUGUUGAUCGUUUCAACAUUAAUUGAAUGUAGUCUUCGUCAACCUUAUUUAAAUUCAUCAUCAUCAUCAUCAUCAUCAACAUCAUCAAAUUCAACAAAUAAUUCUCAAACGUCACCUACAAUUGGUAUAAAUGAUAGUUGUUAUCAUCCACGUAUUUAUUCACGUUAUGGUACAACUGGUUUAACAAUAAAACCAUGUCAUCCUGAUACAUUAUAUUCAUCAACAAAUAUUCUCAAUGCAUUAUCAAAACUUUUACCAAAUUCACUUUCAUCAUCAAAUCUUUAUUUAAAACCAAUACCAGGUCUAUUUGAAAUAACACCAUUAAAUAAUACAAUGCAUUCAUCAACAACAAAUGCACCACCACCUAAUAUUACGCUUACAACUAAUUCACAUCAUCUUUAUAAUCCAACAAGAUCAAAUUCAAUACCACCAUCAAUAUCAAGAUUUAAUGCAACAAAUCCAUAUCCAUUUUCAUUUCCAACAGCAAAUAUAAAUGCAUAUCAUGAUAGACUUUAUAUAACAUCAACAAUUGCUUCAUCAUUUCCAACAUCAACAACAACAAUUGAUAAUCAAAUAAAUAAUAAUAAUUUAAUUAGUACAUCACCAUGGUUACCACAUUUAGCAUCAAAAUUUAAAGAUAAACAAACAGCUACAACACAACACAUCAAUAUUAAAAAAGAAAUUCAAAUUUAUUUACUGAUCUUUUACGUAACAUCAAAAUCAACGUUAACAACACAAAAUCAGCAAAUAUUAUCAACAAAUCGUAUAUUAACAAAUAAUAAAAAUCAUAUGGAUGAUGAAAAUCUUGAACAACAACAAAAACAAAUAAUAACAAUUGAUGAUAUAUUAACACAAAUAUCAAAUAAUAUUCAUCAUGGAUAA